UUGCCAUAACAACAGAAACCAAGAUGGCGUCGGGUCGACAGAAGUUGGAAGACCUGAACAUGACCCAGGAUGAACUCCAGCGGUUUGAGAAAGCUUUCAAAAGCGAGGAGUUCAGGAAACUGUUUGCCGAGUACGCCGAGGAAAUAUCUGAUCCAGAAAACCGGAAAAGAUAUGAGGCUGAGAUCACGGCCAUGGAGAGGGAGCGGGGAACUGACGUCACCUUCAUCAACCCUGAACCUCACUACGUCAUCAAAACUUCCCUGGACGGGGAGAAGAAAUGUUUCAUCAACAUUUGUGCUAACCAGCAUGUUGAGAAACCCAGCAGCCAGCCCUGUAUGCAGGGGGAGGGGCCCAACAGAAGGAUAGGGGAGACGUGGUCUGUUCCCCACAGCCUGACACCAGGCCGGGAGGACCUGGAUAAGAACAAGCAGCGCUGCAUGGUGUAUGACGUUGUGUUUCAUCAGGAGACGUUGGAGAAAGCUGCUGGUGAUAAGAGGUUUAAGCAGAUGGUGAAUGACAUUGCCUUCAGUGCUAUAGAGAGGCAGUUCCAAGUGAAACUGGAUAAAACCAACAUCAAGUUUCCCAAGAUUAAGUACAAAGGGACUCCUACAGCUACAGUCAUGAGGAAACGCUUGCCUGAUGGACCCCAGACUUCCCCCGACAAUGAUGAUGACCCUAUCCAGUUCCCCUAUCCUUACAGUCCCCCUUCAGGAAACACAGAAAAAACAAAAGAAACACAAAGCUCAGUCAGACCCAAUGAAGAAAAUGAACCAGAACAGAAGCAAGACUUCACUGUGCCCAAGUACACCAUCAAGCAUCGAUCAGAAUUUGAUAUCCAGAACUUCCGUGAGGCACCUGAUGCUGCUCCAUCCACACGACCGAAGGAACUUGUAGUUGACAUUGACUUUCCUCUUCUGAAGUCAGCGGCCAAGUUGGAGCUAGACAUCUUCGAGAAACAGCUGAAGGUGGAGUCAAAGAAACCUGCCUACAAGCUGGACAUCAGUCUGCCAUAUCCCGUAGACGAGAAUGAAGGAAGCGCAAAGUUUGACAAGAGCAAGAGGCAGUUGACGGUGACGCUGGUGGUUAAGCCAGCUCCACAGGAAGACCUUCCAUUCACUGCUGGAAGGACAGAAGACAGGCAGCUGGUGGAGGAAGUCACAGAUGUACAGGUAGGAGGGAAAGCAGAAGAGAACCAUGUACAGGAUGGAGGAAGUACAGAGAACAUCUUACCAACUGAAGUGUCAGAGAUGGAGACAGACAGCAGGGAUAAAAAUCCAUCAGCAACUGAGACAGAAGGGACAGGGACUGGACCAGUCAGUGAUGUUGCAACAGCAGCAACCACUAUUGAUGCAUCAGACAAGGACAUUUUCAAGGAAGAAGAUGAGCUCCAAAGCAGCUCCACAAGUCUGGAUCUACCCUCAGACUCAGCCACACCUGCUAGCACCACACCUGUUAGCACCACACCUGACAGGGCCACACCUGCUUCCCCCACCUGUCCUGACUAUACCUACAGACAAGACGAGGACAGUAUGACGAUUGUCAUCCAUGUCCCCAAUAUCAUCGAGAAGAACAUCAGUAAGACCUACUCAACAUCCAGUUACAUCAUCAGUGUCCAGUUCCAGGCAGCAGGUACCACCGGGCUGCAGUACUACCAGCUGUUUGUGGUCCUGCUGGAUGGUAACACCGUGGUACGGAGUCAGACCAGUGUAGACGUGUCGCCCCACAAUGCUGUGUUGCUGCUGCACAAGGACAACAGCUGCAAGGGAUUGUGGUCCAGCUUCAAGGCUGGGGUGGACAUCAUGAACUUAGAGGAGAAACAGUUCCUGACAGAAGAUAGUGUGAAGGCAGCCGUCCAGGCAGUGGUCAGGGAAGGCCAGGCCGUGGCUACAGACACAAGCAGUGUCAAGGUCACAGAGGCUUCAGAGGACAAGCUGGCCAUUGAACUCACGGAUGUGUCUGGUGUGCAGGAUCAGGAGGAGAUGGGAGGAAAGCCCACAAGUGCGACGGUAGAUGGGAAUCUGGACAUCUCACCUCAAACUGGGAAGUCUUCCAUUAAGGAACGUGUUAGUGAAGUCAUUGAGGGAGGACAGAAAGGAGAGGGGUUGGAUAGUGAUGAUGAUGAUGCCGAUGAUUCAGGAAGCACCCAGGGAACAGAAGCUGUCAAUCAAAUGGUGCUAGAGAACACUGUUUCUGGUAAGGGUGAUGGAGGUCCUGUCGAGAUGGUACAAGAUGAAGAGGACGGGGGGCAUGUGCCAACUGGGAAGACAAAAAGGAGGAGAAGGAAAAGGAAAGGGAAAACACAAGCUCAAAGUCAGGAUUCUAACACUGGCACUGAGGCAGGACCAGGAGUAUCAGAUGAGAAAGGUGGGCACUUGGAAGGAAGAAAGGAGGAUGAAGAUAGAAAGGCAAGCACGUCAAGCAAACUUGAAGUCUCAGAACAGUCAACAAUAUAUUCAGAGAGUGAGAAAGAAGCAGCUACUCAAGACACAGUUGGUUUUAAUAAAACCAUCAUCAACACAGGAAGGGAAAGGAAGAACUCAGGGAAGAAAAGCGUCACUUUCUCGGACAAUGUGGAGAUCCACAAACUCGAUGAUGAAAGGAAUGGGAAAGGCAAAAAGAAGCAAAAGGGUAAGAAAAAUAAUCAGAAUGGCCAGAAGGUAGCAAAUGGUCAUAGAAAGACAGAAGGUGAGCCCACCAUGGCAGCAAAUGUAUCAGAGGAGGUCACUGUUCCAAGUGUGUCCAACACAGAGUCUACACCUGAGCACAAACCAGCAGGUCAAGGUGAAGUUGGAGAUGGUGAUGUCAAGAAGGGAAAAUCUGACCCCGCCAAGAAGUCCGAACCGCAAGCUGUGGAUGCACUAACAAUCAGGGAUGUCAGUACUGGUGAGGAGGAGGUAGUGACGGAGCACAGGGCCGAGUGUGCCGUACAGUUCACCAACAAAGUCAUGUUUGAACUGGAUUAGGUGACAAGGAAUUAUGUUGGAAGCAUGACAUUACCAAUUUUCAUUGGAUGUUAAGUUUCAUGUUGGAUUUUGUUGAACAUUCAAAAUUUUGCAGUGUGUUUCAGGAUUGAAACUGACCAGUGGUAAUGCCAGUGCUAGUUGGGGUCAGCAGUGACAGUAUUGUUUUGUGUGCUCAUGAUACAUAAUAAAGUUUUCAGAUUGAAUCAACUAGAUAUUUUGUUCAAAUUAGAUUAUGAUAGCACAUUCUGUAGUAAAUUCAGAAAACCUAGUUAGUACUGCUGAAGUUUAUCAAUAGUUCUAUUAGAGCACAGGUACUUGGAUUGAGCAAUUCAAGUUUAAGAAUGGUGACAAGUGUAUAUAUCUUGAUUAUUCAAACGAAAUGUUAAUAGAACAGCUGUUGUGAUUUGGACCAUUUGCAAUUUUUAUGUUAGAACUGUAGGGAUUAAAACAUUUUCACUUGA